AUGGCUCAACACAAGAUGAAAAAGAAGGUAAGACUGCUUACUGGUUGUGUUGUUAUAGUAUAUUUGAAUUUGCGUAUCGUUUUAAAACCUUUACGUGGCUUUACUUAAAAUUUGAAUUUUAGACUUCAGUGCCAGCUGGAGUAAAACAAAAGGUGAAGAAGCAGAAGCAACAACAAGGUCACCCCAGAAAAGGAUCCAAUGUAACAUUGCCGGCCAAGAAGAACACCAAAGUGAUAGAACACAAACUCAGCGCGUCAGUGUCGAAGACCAUCAACCAGAAGAACGAGGACAUGGUCAGAGGAAGAGCUGAUAAGGAUCAAGGCAGAGUUUCGAAGAAAAAGUAA